AUGUUAUCGUCAUUUGCUACUGCAACAACAUCAUCGUCAUCAUCUCCGUAUGAAACGCCUUCGUCAUGGUGGAAAUUUAAUUUUACAACAAGUUCUAGUGCAGCAUUAGUUGCAACUUUUUUUCCGUCAUCUGUUUCUUCAAUAGAAGAAUCAUCGACACCUAAUAUUGUGGAGAAACGAACGAAUAAGAUCGAUUAUUGUCAUCAAUCUUACACAAAUGGUUACACUCAUGAUGAACCUUUACGAAUACUUUUAUUUGCUGAAAGUUUUCCAUCAUUUACAAGUGGUAUUACACGUCGAUUUAAAGAAAUUAUCAGACAUCUAGUUAAAAAGAAACAUCAUAUACAUGUUAUUACUGGUUGUAAAAAUGCUCUUUUAUGGGUUGAAGGAAAUGAAUUACUUGAAGAACACGUGACAUUUUCAAUUUUACCAUCAACAGAUUUUACAAAUAAGAUUGAUUGUGCUUGCCCAUUUCUUUUUCCUAAUCCAAUGGUAUAUUCGGCAAUUCGUCGAUUUUCACCUGAUGUUGUUCAUAUUGUUGAACAAACUCCAGCUGCUAUGCUUUGUGGUGCCAUCGCUAAAUCACUUAAUCUACCGAUAGUUUGGUCAUCACAUACAAAUAUAGAUUUUUAUUUAUCAACAUAUAUUCGUUCCUUUGCUGUUCAAUUCACAAGAUCUUUAUAUCAAUAUAUUCGUUUAAAACAUUUAGUUUUUUCUUCAAUAAAUUUAACAGUUAGUAAAGACUUUGCUGAUUUUAUGGAACAUACUGGUAUACCAAAACCAGUUGUUGUUUGGAAAACUGGUGUUGAUUCGGAAUUAUUUAAUCCAAUACAACGUUCACGUUCAAUGCGUUAUCGUAUGUUUGGUACAUAUAAUAAUUAUAGUGAAGAACAAAUGGAUUCUAUAACAUUAUUUCUUUGUGUUGGUCGAAUAUCACCUGAAAAAAAUUUUGAAUUUUUAUCACUUGUAUUAGAUCGUAUACCAAAUCAAACAUUUUUAUGUAUUAUCGGUGAUGGUCCAUAUCGUCAAACACUUGAACCAAUAUUUCCUAAAGAUCGUGUUCAUUUUUUUGGUUAUCUUGGUGGUGAAGAAUUAGCAAGUGCAUAUGCUAGUGCUGAUUAUUUUCUAUAUGCAUCUGUUAGUGAAACAUUCGGACAAGUUUAUUUAGAAGCAAUGGCUAGUGGUACACCUGUUAUUGCAGCUGAAGGUGGACAAUUAAAAGAAUUUUUUCUUAUUGGUGAACAUGGUUAUUUAUGGAAACCAGAAGAUUUAGAUUCAGCUGAAGAAGCAAUACGUUCGACGAUGCAAAAAGAUCGUAAAUAUUUAUCGACGAAAGCACGACAACAAGCAUUAACACAUUCAUGGGAUUCAGCUGGUGAACAAUUAAAUGAUAUUUAUUAUGAUGCUUUUAAACAGAGUAAAACUAAACAAGAAAAUCGACAUACGAAUAUAUUUACAAUUGGAUGUCGAUUAUUUUAUUAUGGAUUACAAUGGUUAAUAUUAAUGUUACUUGCAUUAUUUCUAAUGGCACCAUUUGUUAAAGUUUCAUCACCAAGAACAAAUGCACCACAAAAGAAUGAUAAAAAUAAUAAUUAUUAUGAAAAUACGCAUAAUUCUAUGGUGACAAAAGAAUUAUCUUCUUCUUGA